AUGUGCGCACAUGGGUUUCUUACAGUGUUUACCAUACGUAGAUUUAUAGCAAGACGCAGGCGUCCAAGUAUCAUAUACAGUGACAAUGGGACAAAUUUUGCUGGCGCCGCUAACGCGUUGAAUAAAUUAGAUUGGGAGAAAAUUAGCAAACACAGUUCGAUAACGCAAAUCGAAUGGUAUUUUAACCCACCAUCAGCACCCUGGUGGGGGGGUUGGUGGGAAAGACUGAUAGGAAUUUUGAAGGCGUUAUUACGAAAGAUCUUGAGCAAAGCGAGCCUUCCUUACGAGACCUUGAACACCAUCUUAUGUGACGCUGAAGCGAUAAUCAACAGUCGCCCUCUUACAUAUAUCUCGGGAGAUCCAGAUGAUCUUACACCAUUAUCACCGUCAAUGUUCCUUCAAGAAAUUCGAACAUAUGGUGUUCCAGAUUGCGAUAUGCUUUAUCAAUCGAGAUUAAACAAGAAAUUCAAACACAGGCAAAAGGUUUUUAAUGAUCUCCGGAAAAGAUUUCGUACCGAGUAUCUAGGUCAACUACUAUUAACAAACGACAAGAAAGAAACUCGAAAAAUAAAUAUCGGUGAUGUCGUCCUGAUCGGUGAUGAUUCACAUAGACGCGUGGAUUGGCCUCUUGCACGAGUGAUAGACGUGAUCACAGGUAGAGAUGGGCAGGCGAGAGUGUUUAUUUUAAAAACCAAAAAUGGCGUGUUUAAAAGACCUAUACAAAGGGUCUACCCAUUAGAGAUUCCGCAAGAAACAGAUGCUGCCAUAGAGUUGUGCGAAAGAGCGAAUUCGGAGAAGCGAAAAGAUAAGGUUGAGUCAAAUCCGAAAUUAGAUGAUUUUAAGAGUAACGAUACACCAUUAGUUUGUAAGUCAAAAGGUGAUGAUUCCGAAGUCGUCACCACCAGAAGCGGCCGAGUAGUCAAAAAGCCGGACCGACUCAAGUAUUAG